AUGGGUACCUUCGUCUUCACCGAUGAGCUGGACUAUGCAGCUCAGAUGGCCUCGGUAGCAGCCGCAUCCGUCUCGCUAGCUAUCAGCCUCUUUGUCUGUCUCGCCUCACUAUGGAUCUACGCAACCCCUUCAGCGCGACAUCAUCUCGAUCGAGUCUCUUUCCGACUACUGCUAUGUUCGAUGAUCGUCGAGGUGGUUUAUGACACCGUGUACAUCUUUCUCUAUAGCGAUCCUGUCCCGCGCACUGCAAACUCCGUGUCGUGCAGUACGGCGGUCUACCUCCUCCUGGCGACGAUGGGCGUCGCGAACUGGCUCUGUACCUUUAUUGGGGUCAAUCUCAUGCUUGCCAUCUGCUUUGGUAUCAAUCCUGUCCGAGCGCGUCUGGAACGGUGGUACAUCCUCAUAUCGCUUUUCAUGGGCUUUGGGAUUGCACUCGUCCCGGCCGGUCUCGGACAUUUCGGGGUAGACGAGGUAUAUCAGGCGUGCUAUUUCACUCAGACGGACCCAGCAUUGCGGAUCCGGGACUUUAUGACCGACCUAUACGCCUGGCAGAUUCUCUCCAGCCUCGUCGCGGCCGCUAGUGUUCUAGCUGUACUCGUCACCCUCCUCCGUCAAUCCCGAGCGACCCAACGGGCUCUAUAUCGGGGCAACGACCUGAACAUAACCUCCCACGACCUUCAUACCAUCGCCUCCACAUCCAUGUCCCACUCCCCCUCAGAUGCGCCUCGACCGUGGUUUGCCCGGCUCAUCCGCUCGAGGCCUAGGCAGGGUACUUCAAGCCUCCACCGGCUCGAAGACAAAUUCAUCACUAUCGCUCUCAAGAUCUCACUCUAUCCUCUCGCGCUGAUCGUCAUCAACGCCUUCAUCACCGGCGAAGACCUGGCAUAUACGGGCAGGGGCGGGGUGGAGUCGCAAGGCGAGUAUGCGGUGUACUGUAUCUACUACUUCCUGUAUGGAGGACGGGGUUUGUUCUUUGGUCUGAUCGGGAUACUGGUCGAUCCAUGCAUCCGCAGAGGCCUCCCAGCGGCUUAUCAAGCGACAUUUCGGCCUUCCCGCCUGGGCGACACACCCAUCACCACCCUUGCGUCCGGCUACGACGUCGAGAAGGGUGCCACUGUCUCGCACGACGUUGAAGCCGAGGCAGCCGCAGAGACUAUCACCGACUUCUUGGCCUCUGCGCCUGGACCUGAGCCGUCUCUGUCCGAUCUGCCAGCGGGACGGCAAGGCCUCCUGGGGCUCUUCGAGAAGCGCCAAGACCUUGCAGGGGCGGAAGAGAGGAGGAGGCCGAGCUUGCAGGUCGUGUAUACUCGUCCUUCCACACCGGUGACCGUACUCAAUCCGCCGUCCGAUCCCCUCACACCAGCUGCACCUACUCCGACAGACGUCAUAACCCCUUUAUCCCCGGCCCAUAUCGUCCUGGCCUCUCCCAAGACCCCCUCUCAUACCGAACAUCCACCCCUCACCCCCGUUGCUCCAUCCACCCCGCGCAGAUCCCGCCAGAGCUGGCUCGAACCACUCGCCACCGCCGUCCUGGCGCGGCAUGACUCACCACUUGGUCCUCGCCGGUCCUCUGAUCCUGCUCUGGGCGAUACAGCUCGGCGGCGGAGGGAGCUCCGGGUCGCCGCAGAAAAGAUGUACGCAGAGGUACAGGCGCAGAUGUAA